CUUUUGGAGCUAUCAUAGCUACGUAGCUGUGUCUCAAAGAUCCCGCUCUGUCAUCUCACUGGAAAACACAAAACAUGGACCGAGAUCGGUGGCAAAAUGGAAUCCCCUUCUUCCCCAGAAGCACCAUCAGCCAGAGUGUCCGGCACAGCAUCGACUGCAUCGAAUGAACAGAAAUGGUCUAUCUACAAGCGAGUUCAAGUGCAAUGCAAACAAGCUCCGGCUGAGGAAAUUGCCAAUAUUCCGGGAUUUGUGGAUUUUGUUGGGAAUGAUGAGAGGCAGGACGAUCGUAUCAUUCGGCUGGAUAAAAAGGAUGACGAAAACAUCCUUUAUCAGGGUCCUCUCUUUGGCUUGACGGACUACCCAGGCUUUGCCAUGGCUCCACAAGCCCUAUCACCAGCCCUGCAAGAGCAAUUGGCCUUUGAGGCUGUGACGGAAUACUGUGAACAGCCACAUGCUACCAACAUUGAUUUGUUACCGCCCAAGCCAUCCGAAAAAGUCAACACACAGGAAGAAAGCAUGUGGAGUAUAUGGAAAGCAGAACAGUCAUCAUCAUCACAAAAUAAUCAGAAUCCACACACCAGAAAACGAAAACAGAAUCAAUCUGGCACUCCAAAAUACUACCGGUCGUUUCGGAAAUUAUCUUGGGCUACUACUGGAUAUCACUAUGAUUGGACAGAACGAUCCUAUCAUGAGGGCAAAAAAUCUCCCAUGCCCCCAUUGUUGCAGGAUGUGGCCCUGUUGUUUGCUCGCAUAUCCUUGGCACUGACUUCCACUAGUAGUGCUCGCAUCCAACAACAAUUCACUCCUUCUGCCAGCAUUGUGAACUAUUACAAUACCAAAUCCGUCAUGGGCGGGCAUCGGGAUGAUCUUGAAUACGCCUUGGAUAAACCAGUGGUAUCCAUCAGCUUGGGGUUGCCGGCCAUUUUUCUAUUGGGAGGAAAAUGCAAACAAUCCGAUGAGCCAGUGAUACCCAUACUGGUCCGACCGGGGGAUGUCAUGAUGCUGGGAGGGGAUGCUCGAUUGAAUUAUCAUGGAAUGGCACGAGUGUUGCUACCGCAAGACUAUGCCAUUUAUUCAAAUGGUAGUGGUGGCCAGAGAAAGGACUUUUCGUCGAGUGGUCAGGUGACGAGGGAACUGUUGAGCAGCAAGCUUUCACAAGGACAUGAAAAUGGCACGGGAAGGUCCGGUUCGGACCGGGAACACCUGACAGAAGAAGACCAAAAAGCGCUAAAAACAUUCCUUGGGCAACACCGAAUCAACAUCAAUGUGCGACAGGUGCACCGUGAUGUAACAACCACCAGCAGUACAUAGUUUGAUAUUGGUUUUGUGUUGAGUGGCACUUGGCAGGGUUGCUGUGUUGUCAAAGCCGACUUCUUUCGCAGUCAAAUCUAAACUAUUGAGAACACCUAGUUGUUUGCUA